CCAAGAUUUAAGCACAAGAUUUUUCGAAUUAGAGAUCUUAAGACUUAUCGUCUACAAAAAUACGACUAGUUUUUAUCUCCCAAAACCUUCACUCAUCUGAUAACGGAAAGGCUACACAAAAAGUAGCACGAUUACCGCCAACAACACCAUAUCUAUAGCCAUUAAUAUUAACAAUAAACACCACAUCCAUUCGCACCCAUUAUAUCGGUUACGCCUAUCAAUAUUCACCGGAACUAUGAACUUGAUGAAUCUUUUGGGCCCUUCAGACCCAGUGGAACCGCCAGCUGGCCAUCCGUCCGACGGUGUGUACCACUUCCGCACCGGACUCUCCCCUUUGCAAAAACAACUAAUCGAAUUGGUGGUACUGAUCCACAAACAGAGCUUGAUUUCGCGCCUUUCCCCCCGUCAGUUCGACCCUAUUCGGUCCAUUGACACGCCAGAACACGCGCUUUCCUCCACCGAUAUGCUUGAAACACUCGUUCGCAAUGUGAAACUUAUCACGGCCCACCCGUACCUCGUGGUGGACCAUUACAUGCCCAAGAAGUUGCUCCUUGUGCAAAACCACGAACUCUUAUCUGCGGUGAGCGGAAAGUUCCAAGUUUUUAACACAAUUCUCCACCAGGCGGAGCACCGCAACUUGAAGCUUGUGGUUGUUUCGCAGUCAGUAAAGGAGUUGGACUUGAUCGAGGGCUUCAUUAUUGGCCGAAAACUAGACUACUCGCGCUUUUCUGGCACCAAGUUGUUCAAUGAGGAACGAACCGGUCGCUACCAGGCUCCUACACCUACCAUUUCGCCUCCCAGCUCUGAGAACACCGACGGAAAGCUCAAACGCUUACUGAAGGACGAUGAAUACCGGUACCUUAAGGGCGAGCGAUUAAAAGCAAAGUGUGUUGAGACCAGUGAGAUUUUCUUAAUCACGUCGAAUCAGUUCCGCACAAACUAUUUUAACAUGGACACUGGCACCAAGAGGCUUGAUUUAAUCGUAUCUUUCGAUACUUCUUUGCCUGGUGAUGAUGAGCACAUCAACCGCUUGCGAGCGGGGGACCGUUUGGUUCCGCUCAUUAAGCUCGUCCCCGUCAAUUCCAUUAAUCACGUGGAGUUACUGGAACUGGGAUUAGAAAACAUCGCUUAUACCACGUUGCUCAACCGCCAGUACACUGGGGAUUUGGAUGAAGCCACCAGUAGACUCUACCCAGAGCUUUUGGACCAGAUCUUGGGCUCCUCAUCGGCGAUGGCCCAGCUCCCUCCGCUCGAACGGCACUACACCAGAAAAUCCCGCGGGGAGCUUGUGGAGUCGUUGAACAAUCAAACGAGCCACAAAAGAGCCAAAAUUACUCAAGAAUAUGUCUCUGCAGAAGAAUACAAAGCGUGCAUGGCGCAGUUGGUGUACGCCCACUUCGAGGCCCUUGCCCUGGAAGCCGAUGCGAUGAGCACACAAAUACACGAGUGGCGUGCUAAGGAGAGCGUGCGGCAGUUGCGUGUGGAAGAACUGGCUGACGCCAUGGCCGAGUAUUACCGCAGCUUGAAGUUCUUUGAGAAAAACGUCGCAGAAGUGGAUAAGAAAGUGGCAAGAGUGGAAUCAGAACACGAUAAGGUGGGCGAGCGAUUAAGGGUGUUGGAAGCGCAGAUGAAGGUGUUAGGAGGUCCAGAAGCGAUCUCAAAUAACCAAAAACUGGGUUUGAAAGCUUCUAGUAGCCCAGACGUGAGCCUGAAUGGCUCCAAAAACCCCCUUUCAAUUCUGGAAGGUUUAAAUGUCCCAGAUGUGGCCAUGGGUAGCGCGAACGAUUCCGAAGUGACCAAGGACGGCUCUAAUACGCCAAAGUUCAGCCUGGAUAUUUCUAAAGAUCCUGAUGAGAUUAUGAAUGCCACUAACGAUCCUGAACUGCCCACUGGUGAUUCUGCAUCCCCAAAAGGCAGUCGGGAUACCUCUAAAGACCCUGAAUUAGUCAAGGAAGGUUCUAUCACCCCAGAAAGGAGUCAAGACGCCUCUAGCAACAAGGAUGUGAUUACAGAUGCUUCUAGUGGCACACAGUUACCCCAGAAUACUCUUGAUGCGGUACCUACAUCUUCCGGUGGUUUCCAGGAGGAGAUCGUACGAUUGAGGCUCCAGCUCCAGACACUCACUGACACCAACCAGAAACAAGCGACUGAAAACGACGAGCUCAGAGCAUCGUACCAGACCAAUUCGGCGCUCGCAGUAGAUGCUGCUAACCGGCUUUCCAUUUUCAUAGCGCAGAACCAGGCCCUCCGGGCUAAGUUGGAUACCCAAGCUAAGCCGUUACGCCUCUUGACCAUUGCCGGAAACAGGAAUGCGCACACCUCGGAGCUCGCCAGACUACAGACCAAAAACGCGUUCCUUGAAAAGUACGUGGGCAAGCUCAGUGAGCUUGUCAAGGAAAAAAAUACAUUGAUGCCUGUGGGGAGAAGCGGUAGACCCAGCAGGUCACUUACCCCGUACAGUGCUCCAGGAAAAUCCAGAAGUAACUCGCCAGCGCUAUAGCUCGGUCUUGCUAGAAAAUGUUAUAGAAUAGUGGGGUUGGAUUAUUCAGUGCGUUAUUUAUGGAGAUGAAGAUUUGAAAAACGGUAGAUAUGAAAUUUUGAUCGGUGGAAACGUAGAGUUUAUACCCGAAUGAGAUUACUAACUCCCUAGUACAGAAUAUAGUGACAGGUAUUUG